AUGCCCAGCAUUACAGACAAAAAUCCAGAUCAGCCCGCCUAUAGAUUAGCAGCUAUCCGGGAGACAUUCGAAGAAAGCGGGAUCCUCUUGGCUAAGAAAGGCGGCAAACUCUUCACUGAUAUCAGCGAUGCCGAAAGAGAAGAAGGAAGGAAAUCUGUACACGCAGGCAGAAUCCUCUUCCCAGACCUCCUAGCAAAAUGGGGCUGCGAAGCAGAUGUACAAUCUCUAGUCCCUUUCACACGCUGGAUCACGCCGCCGAACGUCAAAAAGCGCUUCUCCACGCAAAUGUACCUCUACUUCCUCCCCUUGGGAUCCUCAUCACCUGGCAACCCGGUAUCGAAAUCACGCACUGAAACAUCUGAUAUUAAUGAGGUCGAAGAAGCCGACAUCGUCAUUCCGCAUCCCAUGCAUGACGGCGGCAUCGAGCACACCGCCGCGCGCUUCCUCCCGCCCAACAAAUGGAUUGAUCUCGCGAACCAAAACCGCAUCAUCCUCUUCCCGCCACAGUACUUUCUGACUUGGCACCUAUCCCCCUUCCUCGCGCCGACCGUCACUUCCCCUUCCUCCCCCAUCCCACCAACAGACGAACUCCAGCGCGAACGAGAUCGCCUGGUGCAGUGGUUAAGCUCCGAGGACGCCGCCUUCGGCAAGGCGAUUAUCAGCCCGGUGGUAUUGGGUAAGGGCGACUAUGGCGAGGAUAAACAGGAUGGCGUGGGGGGCUUGGAUAGGGAUACGGCGGUGCUGAGGCUGGAUUUCGCGGGGCCGGAGCUCGACAAGGAGGGCGUGAAGGGGACGAUGAGGAAGUGGGUCGUUACAACGAAGUUCAAGAAGGAGGGGCCGAGGGAUGUGAGGGUUGUAGAGAGAGAGAAGAUCCUAGGUAGAGAGAAGGGGAGGCUUUAG